AUGCACAUAAUUCUUAAAAGCAGUUUCGUAAUUCAUUUUUUACUUUUUUUUUUCAGAAUUUACAGAUAUUUCGCAAUAUUUGGCAUUGUUUUUCUUCUGACAAUUCACAUUUGGAAAACUGUUAAACGAAAUGGAGACUGGCAGUCUGAGUACACCCUGUAUCGUUCAGCUCUAGCAGUUAACCAGCAAAAUGGAAAGCUGUAUAACAACAUGGGUCAAGUACUUGAAUCCCUCAACAGAUAUGAAGAAGCUCUUCAGCAUUAUCAGAUGGCAAUGAACAUACAACCAGAUGAUGUUAGAAGUUACCUCAACAUAGGGCGAGUCUUGACAAAUUUAAUGCGAUACAGAGAAGCGGAAAAUAUCUAUAGAAAAGCUCAAACUCUAUUACCUGGUCUAGAAAUUGAAUCUCGAGAAGACAUUCAUGUGACACCCAGUCACUUGCAGCUGUUCGUGAAUUUGGCAUUCCUCAUCUCGCAGAAUGACAGUCGCCUGGAGGAGGCUGACGCGCUUUACAAAGAAGCCAUUACCCUUCGAUCAGAUUUUACUAAUGCCUAUUUAAACAGAGGAAACGUACUAUUGAAAAUGAACAAGACGAAAGAAGCAGAGGCGAUGUACCAUAGAGCUCUAAAGUAUGACGAAACUAAUCCAGAUUUGUAUUACAACUUAGGAGUUGUUCUAACGGAUCAAGGAAGAAAUGCUGAAGCUUUGGAAUUCUUCAACAAGGCUUUAGAUUUAGAGCCUAAUCACGAAAAAUCUCUAGAAUUAUCAGCAGUUUUAAUGCAGGAUUCUGCUCUUCAAAAUCAUAAGAAUUUGGCAAAAGUUAGAUUAGAAAAAAUCGUCGACAGAGGAAAAGAAAAUGAAAGAGUGUACAUAAAUUUAGGUCUUGUUGCCGUGGAUAACAAGAAUUUCGCCAGUGCUGAGAAAUGGUUUAGAAAAGCUCUCCAGAAAGUUCCAGUAUCCCGGGAAGCAUUGUUCAACCUUGCUUUAUUGUUAUCCGAGCAACAGAGACAAACUGAAGCAAUCUUUACCCUCAAUCAACUGCUUCAACAUUAUCCGGGACAUAUUAAUGGCCUAUUGCUACUGGCGGAUAUCAACGUCAAUUACCUGAAGAAUCUGGAUGCAGCAGAAGAGUGUUAUAGACACGUUCUGAAGUUGGAACCUACCAAUGAGAAAGCCCUUCACAAUUUAUGCGUGGUCUAUUUUGAACGUCAGGAUUACGAAACAGCGGAGGAAUGCUUCCUCCAAACUUUAGCCAUCUAUCCAGGGGUCUCUUACAUCAGACAUCAUCUGGAUGUCGUGAGGAAUAUCCUGAAAGAAGGCCACAACAGAAUCUUUGAUCACUUAACUGCUUCUCACUCUGUCAGCUGACUACCAUGAAUGUUGUGAAUCUCAACCUGAGCUUGAACCUUGCAGACUUCAUAGGAAGUAAAAGCUGCCUGAAUUUAAAAAAAUCGGAUGUACUCCAUUGAAGAUGACUUGAAAUUCUGGUUUGCAGCUGGAGGAGACUGGAUUUAAAUUUGGUUCGUAAUGUCCCAGUUCCGACUUUCUGGAGGUGACAACAAAAAUCGAGCCAUUUCAGCCUUUUUUCCCUCUUCUGCAGGUGUUCUGGAUGAGAACGUCAAAAACCGUAUUAUGUUUCUAUUUUUAACAUUUUUUUUUACAAUUGGGGGAAGACGUUGGAGAAGGGGGACAUUAUAAGCUAAAAUUAGUACGUACCUUUUUUCGUAAAACUGAAAAAGGGAGGCUUAUUAAAAUGAAAAUAAUAAUAAUAAUAAUUAUUUUAGCCUUAAGAAGCCUACCUUUUCCGGCUUUUCUUGUUUCUCGCAAACUCAUGCCGGCGAAAUUUAAAACGUACGAAUUUUAUCGUAUAAUGUCUCCCUCUUCCAAUGUCUUCGCACCAACUGUAAUAAAAACAACACCGUAAGUUAAACUGUAAUAAAAGUUCUGUAUUCGACAGAUGGUUGUAAAGAACCCAUUAUCCUAUAUGGCUUAAUAUUCUCAUUUAUGAUGAAACUUAUAUUUUUAAAAAAUCUGUAAUGUAAUUAAUCUAUUUAAUUAAAAACUUGGAUAGCAGUAGUACUGACGAUUUCCAGGAUUUCUCGUAACAUUGUAUUUUUAAUACAGAUAUUAAUGCUGUCCAGAUCCUCAAAAGUUUUCAUUCUUCGCUUUCAGUGUUUCAAUUUUCGCUUUCAAUGUUUCAGUUUUCAAAAUGUAGAAUUCUCAAACUAUUUUUAGCUGCGACUGUUCUUUAGAAAUUGACAUAAUCUUAUUUCAAGAUAAUGAUAAUGCUGAAUUGCAGUCAAAUUUUUUUUUUUAAAUAAACUUUUUUUAAUGUAAUCACCGAUGUUAUUAAUGGCUUAUCUACUCAGGGCCUAAACUCACUUUAAAAUAUGAUAUCAGUUUAUAUAUAUCUCACAGACACGUGACCUUUUGUCACGCUUUCGGAUUUAACGCUGACUUUGGAAAGGCUGAAAUGGGAGUCUUUAGCAUCUGUAUUAUCAAGUGAGGCGGAAAUGGCACGAUUUUUAAAAUAGCCUAAAACGGGACAUAACAAACUUGUGUACUGCAAUCGGGGAAAAAACUUGAAACAUUUCCGUGAGAAACAUUGAAUUAAAGUUGAGAAAAAUUUAAAUUUUUGCUGCAUAAAGUAACAUUUGGAUCUACUCACUGCAGUUUUGUGAUGUCGUCAUCAUAAUGAAGUAUGUGAUUCCCCGUAAUUAAUUUCAUAUUAUUUAAUUACUAACUGCACGAUCCAUGAGCUAGUGGUUGUAUUUCUCUCUGUCCUUUAUUUAAAAUGUAUAAUAAUUUAUUCAUUCAUUUUAUACUGUAACCUGUAAAAAAUGAUAUUUUCAAGAGAAACAUGUAUUAAAAAUAUUUAAGGAAAUGGUUUAACUUUUUGAAUAUUUUUCACACUUGUGAAUUUUACUAUGUCACUGUAACCUUUGCUUG